GCCUUGACGUGACCUGGUCUGCUCAGCGUGCUCUGACGGGCGGCGCCGAUCAUGUCUUGCGGCUGUGGGAUUUUUCGCAAGUGUCGAGCCAGGCGGUACUACAAGGCCACAAGGCUGCGGUUCGCAGCGUGAGCUUGAACUGGCCAAAGAGGCAAGCUGCCAGUGCUGGUGACGAUGCGGCUGUGCGCCUUUGGUGCCUUGAACAGCGAAGCUGCACACAGAUCUUGGCACAUGACGCGCCUGUGAGGUGCUUGGACGUGGAGUGGUCGACUGGGCAGCUGCUGAGUGGCAGUCUGGAUGGACUGAUGCGCCUAUGGCGCCUCAGCUCGACGGAGUAUGUGCAAGAGUUUGAAGGUCACGAGAGAGGCGUGUCAUGUUUGAGCGUUGACUGGAGCUCAGACCUAGCAAUCUCUGGAAGCGAGGACCAGUCGCUGCGGAUCUGGGAUUUGCAAGCCGAGGCUUCCACUCCUGUUUUUGUUCGCCACCUCCUUGCUUUCAGUUAG